AUGGAACAUAUUGUACUAGGAGGACCGUACUGGAAGAACUUCUAUCAGGUGACACUUAAGUUGUACAAGAUAGCUGUCAGCGCCCCACCCAAGUAUUCACUGGCGCUCCGACCCACCUGUCCAAGUAUUCACUGGCGCUCCGACCCACCUGUCCAAGUAUUCACUGGCGCUCCGACCCACCUGUCCAAGUAUUCACUGGCGCUCCGACCCACCUGUCCAAGUAUUCACUGGCGCUCCGACCCACCUGUCCAAGUAUUCACUGGCGCUCCGACCCACCUGUCCAAGUAUUCACUGGCGCUCCGACCCACCUAUUCACUGGCGCUGACCCACCUGUCCAAGUAUUCACAGGCGCCCGACCCACCUGUCCAAGUAUUCACAGGCGCUCCGACCCACCUGUCCAAGUAUUCACAGGCGCUCCGACCCACCUGUCCAAGUAUUCACUGGCGCUCCGACCCACCUGUCCAAGUAUUCACUGGCGCUCCGACCCACCUGUCCAAGUAUUCACAGGCGCUCCGACCCACCUGUCCAAGUAUUCACAGGCGCUCCGACCCACCUGUCCAAGUAUUCACAGGCGACCCACCUGUCCAAGUAUUCCUGGACCCACCUGUCCAAGUAUUCACAGGCGCUCCGACCCACCUGUCCAAGUAUUCACAGGCGCUCCUGGACCCACCUGUCCAGUAUUCACAGUAUUCACAGGCGCUCCGACCCACCUGUCCAAGUAUUCACUGGCGCUCCGACCCACCUGUCCAAGUAUUCACUGGCGCUCCGACCUACCUGUCCAAGUAUUCACAGGCGCUCCGACCCACCAGUACAUGUAUGCACAGGUUUACCUAUUGA